UAAUAAUAAGCCCAAGAGAUUUAAUCUUAUCGAUACGACGGCUGAAAAUUAAAGUACAUUUAAAGUACAUGUGUACUGUGUCGCACACCCAUUCAGGGAUCUGUUAGCCAAAGUGCACAUGUCCUCAUCGGUUAGAUCAGUGCGCACUGUACUCAUAGCGGAAUGAUAAACGUCGGCCUUUUAGAUUUAGUCCGCGUGCAUGAACCCGGUGUACACAGUCGCGCCCGGGCUCGAGUAGCUAGUGUCUCGUGCCUACCAAGCAUUGUCGGAUUGUAGUAUAUUGUGGGAAAUAUAAAAGAAAAUUAAUCAUUGCUAAUAAAAAAUUAAUGAUAACGCGUCGUGCACAACGGGUGAAUUGUUGUAUUAUGAUAGAAAAUCUUCGAUUGCGUGAGAAUUCGAGAGACUCCGAGGUUUAUCCUUAUAAGUGGAAGCCAUUGACUUCCUAAAAGAAUCACACACACAUCACACAACACACACACACACACACACACACACACACACACAUACACACACAAAUUACUUAGAGUGUAAAAUAAAGUUGUAAUAUCUUUGAAGAAGAGUUUCUAUAAGAACCAACGGAUCAUUCUCCAAUCAUGAAUUCUGCCACAAAAACCGUAAAUAUUAAUAGCAAUGUUAUGAGCGACCAUGAAAAAGCAGUCAAUGGAAAUGCUACGUUCCCGAAUGUUUUACGUGAAACCACCGCCGAUGUAAUGCGAAAAAGAAUACAGGAAAUAAAAGAAGACGUUUUGGAUCACGUAAACAAUCGUAUUGAUGAUAUGAUGUCCGAGGUUCUGCAGAAGAUGGAGAUAUCUUCGGCAAAAAAUCAGGAAUUCUUGCACAGCACGGACAAAUAUCGCGACAAAAGAGUAUCCAGCAAAAAAGAUGCGUUACCGGAUAAAGUGUUCCUCGAAAGAAAUUCCAUCCUCACCGAGCUCUUCGAAAACCCGCACAUUCGCACAGUUUAUAAUCUGUUUAUGGUGACUCUUAUACUCCUGUUUUUCAACACCGUCGUAUCCGAUAUCUUGGAAUGGGGAAUAAUCCAUGCUGGUACCAAUACGAUACGAAUUGGUUUCGCAAAGUUCUCAACAUGCAUCUAUAUUUGGUCGUUUAUGCAGGCUUCGACAUUGGCUGUCUAUGUGGCUUUCAUCCUUUGGGCCUCCCAGCGACUUCGAUUCUUGCCAAAAUCUUCCAUCCGGAAAUUUUGGGACUAUGGCUGGUUAUCAGCAUUAAUAUUGUAUCAAAUUAUUUUCCUCGUUUUUCCUAUCAGAAUGAUACUCAAUGAGAAUCUCUCUAUAGGUUGCAGUUUUAUCAUAAUUAUGGAACAAAUACGCAUGAUAAUGAAGGCUCACGCUUUCGUUAGGACCGUGGCGCCCAGGUUUUUAUCGUAUAAACCCCACAGCGAAACACCACCACCUAGCGGCCCCAAGUUCUCACAGUAUUUGUACUUUCUCUUCGCACCGACUCUGGUGUACCGCGACGAAUAUCCCAGGACACGAAGAAUCAGGUGGGCGGUGGUAAUUUGGAAUUUUGUUGAAGUCGGCCUAGCGAUUUUCUAUCUCGCCUUCAUCUUGGAACGUCUCGUGGCACCGGUUUAUCGCGUGUACGGCACGCGAUAUCUGGAACGGAAAUGGUUCGUCAAAAAUACCAUCGAGGCUAGCAUUCCCGGGAUUCUCUACUUCAUCACCGGGCAAUAUCUCCUGCUGCACGCGUGGUUGAACGCUUGGGCCGAAAUGCUGCGAUUCGCCGACCGAAUGUUUUAUAAGGAUUGGUGGAACAGCACGACUUAUCACGGAUAUUACCGCACGUGGAACGUGGUGGUGCACGACUGGUUGUACACGUAUAUCUACAAGGAUAUGUACGAGUUCGUUGUGUCGCGCAACCGAACGGCGUCAGCCACCAUUGUAUUUCUCGUUUCCGCUAUCUUUCACGAGUACAUACUUGCGUUCGGAUUCGGCUUCUUCUAUCCGGUAAUGUUCGCCUUAUUCGCCGGUAUAGGCUUCGGCAUGUUCUUCGUCCGCAAGUACGUCACCAGCAAUAUCUUCAUGUGGCUGACCUGGUGUCUCGGCAACGGCGUCUUGUUCAGUCUCUACUCGAUGGAGGUGUACGCAAGAUGGAACAACUGUCCACCUCAUCCCAAUUACUACCUAGAUCUGUUCAUACCGCGAAGCUGGAGCUGCCAAGAGCAAUUUGGCGCGUAGAUCAUCCGCGUUGAAGUUUCUCUCAUGGGAUUGCUGAAUCACGAAAAUAACUUUUUCUCCGAGUUCUCGAUGAAAGUUUGGAAAUGGCGGAAUAAAAUAUUUUUUGCGUCCUUGCUGGGGGAUCUACCGUCGUAAUGACCGAUGACUUUUCUGACUUGCUUUUUUUUCGUGUUUCACAGUGAAAAUUGUUAACUGUACAACCGAAGAGACGUAAAGUAUGAUCGAACAUAGCUCAAUCUAUUUUUUUUCGAAGAUGCUAAACUGCAUGGUCGUGUCGUUUAUUUAUUAAUUUAUAGAUUUUUCCUGUCUCUCCAGUCUAAGUUUCCUUUUUAGUUUCAUUUCUAGUUACUCUCUCGAUUAUAUAUUGUAGAUUUCAUUAAAUUAUAUUACGAUAAGAUUCGUGAUAUUCUCAGGGCAACUAGAAAGGAAAAAUAGUUUGCAAGAAAAAAAUAUUAAUUUCUUGUAAUAAAUCGCAUGGUAUAAAAUAAAAAUGAUGAAUAAAAAACUGUCGAGAGCGAAAUAACGCAUUGUGCGCAAAUUAUGUAACUGUGUAUAAACUUCGUUGAAAAAAAGCUUGAUUAACGCACGAAACACACAGUAUAUCAAGAGAAUCCGGAAAUUCUCUUAAUGUUAACGGCGACGAUCGAUACGUUGAAUUUCUAAUUAAUUGUAAUUAAACCAAUUGUAUAUAAGUUGUAUAUAAAGAGGAAUGGAGUCAUUAAAGAUACAAUACACAAUGAGUUUAUAUAAAAA